AUGGUGGACUAUGAUGAUCAUCCAGCAAUCGACAAUAUGUCACUCUCAUCUGUCGUGCUGAGUAGUGACAAACCAGUCACUUCUGUUAUACCAGAACCAGUUCCGGCCUCACUAUCAGGUCCGAGUCCGUGUUCAGCCGAAAUUGUCUCCUCGCCCAGAGAACCAGAAGCAACCAAGCCACUACUAAUCAAGGAAGCGUUUGUCAAUGGCAAGAAGUGUCGCCUCCUCAUAGACUGUGGGGCUCCGCACGAUGUGAUCAAGCCCAAGGUAUACGAUGGACAGCGCAAGCCGGUCACAGUGCAUGUGACAAGCUUCAACGGGGAAAACGUUACAGCCCAAACAAGUGAAUUAAAGACCAGCGAAAAAAUAGAUGGACUUCACUAUAACGAUAACGUGAACCCGAUUACUAAAUGGACAGAGCAGAUUAUAACGUACCGACAGCAGGCACCUCAUGCCAACCUGGCCGAUGAUCUGACCGACAAGGAGGCACAACACGUCUAUGCCGAGUUGUGUAGCGUCAAAGUGACGCGUCCAAUGGCAAUAAUGCUGCCACCAGGAGUAAAGCAGCUUAUUCACAAAUUUGCAGACCUGAUUCCUGCAUCAUUGCCUACAGGACUAACACCAGUGCGUGAUGUGGAGCAUGCGGUUAUUGUAAAUUUAGGCGCUCUUCCUACAAGCCGACUUCCGUUUCGAAUGGCUCCAGUGGAGAAAGUGGCCCUAAGUAAGUUCGUGGACGAGCUACUUGCGAAAAAAUGGAUACAAUUCAGCUCAUCGGAGUGGGUAUCCAACAUCUUUGCAGUUCCGAAGAAAGACCCAUCACGGGAAAGCUCGAGUCGCGGGCUGACUGGAUUCGCUGUGGAUUUUGAACAGAUUGGUGCGUUGGGUGAGCGAUUAUCGGCAAAUGAAUGCGCAGACCGAGGUGCCCAAGAUCCCACUUUUGAGAAUCGAUGA